AUGAUGGAAAUCAGGGCCAACGUAGCCAUUACGGAUGAGCAGCGGAAAGUCCUGGAGAUUGUCGCGCGGACUGCCUCUACGCUGUCGGCAUUGGGCGUCAUCACCAUCAUUACUGUGUUUUCCUUGGCGCGGCAUUUUCGAAAUCCCAUGCAUCGUCUCAUCUUCAUCAAUGCCUUUUACAACGCCUUUGAUGUUGUGUGCACCAUGAUAUCCAUCAGUGGACCGGCGGCUGGGAACGAUUCUGCUUUAUGUCAGUUUCAGGGGUUUCUCAAUCAAAUGUUUCCUCUCGCCGAUGUAUCCUGGACGCUUGCCAUGGCUGUCAAUGUCUUUCUCAUUGUUUUCCGUCGAUACGAUACCGUGGCGUUGAGGAGGCUUGAGUGGAAGUACAUGGUUGGGAUAACUACACUUACAUUCAUUCCUGCAUUUGCCUUUCUCUUUGUACAGACUCAGGACAAGGGUCACUUGUACGGCAGUGUAACGGUGUGGUGUUCAAUCGCUCCGAAAUGGGUGCUUAUGCGCAUUCUUCUCUACUAUAUUCCUAUAUGGUCUAUGAUUUUCGCCGCCAUGGUGCUCUAUGUUCUCGUCGGGGUCGAGAUUUUCAGACGCGGAGGCAUCUUCCAGUCUGUCAACCAAGACUCCAUCCGGUUAGAUGAUGGUGUACCUUCCACUGCCGGCACUGCUUCUCCUCACUGCGACAAAGAGGCGGACUGGGCCGCCGAAGUUGACUUCCGCUCACAACCUGAUCAUGUCUUCGGGUCACACUCUAGAGUUGAAUCGUUACCUGGGACGCAGAAGCACUCCAUUAUAACCACUCGUAGCGACGCCCCAAUCCUCCCCGUUGGCACGCCUCGACACUCUUCCUUAUCACUAAGACAAUACAUUCUCAUGCCGUUGUUUUUCUUCCUGGCGCUAUUGACGGUUUGGGUUGCGCCGUCGACCAACCGUGUCGCUUCCUUCAUCAACCCCGACUAUUCAUCCUACCCGCUCUUGGUUGCGGUUGGCGCAACAGGGAGUCUGCGGGGCUUUUGGAACGGAAUUAUCUUCAUCACUCUAGGUAUGAAGUCGUGGAAGAAGGAUAAUCAAGAACAGAGGAGGGCGAGACACCAACAGUGA